CCUCAUCGAUUGAUCAUAUAGAUGCACUAAUCCAUCCUGUAGCUUCUAAUCAAACUGAGAGGGAGAGAGAUCAGAGAGAGCGCAUAUAAAUACAAUGAGCAGGUCGAGCAUGGCCGCUGUCUUCCUGGUGGUGUUGAUAGCCAUCAACGUCGUCUGCUUAUCCCCACAAGGUGCAACUGCAGCGCCAGAGGGGGAACUUCAUAAACUCAACCUUGAGCUGCCACCGCCGUUGCCGCCUGGGAAGGAACCCUCAACGGAGGCGUACCGGUUCACCCAACAAGUCUGCGAUUUUGGAACUAGCACCUUCACGGAACAGAUGAUCGGUGCCCGCUGCUACGAUGUACUCAUCCCGUAUGGCGAGUCAUUCAAGGGCAACCAAGUGAAGGCCACUCAGGUGGCCACCAUCAUCUUAGUCACCAAGAUCCAAGCCCUCACUAGUGAGGCGUACGCGAUAAGAGACAUGGGCAUCAGGGACGAAAACAUCAAUAACUGCGGGUCUUUCUUUGCCAUUGGCGAAACCUUUUCGGACACCACCAACUCGACGCUAUACGCGCUCGAGCGCCUCACUGCCGCCGGAGAAGGUAAACGCAGUAAGGAGGACCUGGAAACUGUGCACAAGUGGACCAAGAAUUUGGAGACCCAAUACGAUGAGACCGCGAGCAAGUGCAAGUUAGGUGAUCUGUUCAAGUACGGUGACAAGAAGGUUCCCACCGUUUGGGUCAUAGACCUGCUCACGACCACAGCCAUCCGCCUCCUCAAUGCCAUAAAGCCAUGAUUGAUCGAUCGAUCAUCCCUUCAAUCUUAGCUAUAUAUACCUUCCACUAAAUUUUUUUUAUUUAUAUUUUGGAUAAUUCCCAUGAUAUAUAUGUAAUAAGUGCGUGAUGCGCAUGGAUAUCGCAUGCAUGCUGCAUUUGUAACAUUGUUAUCAAUAUUUGAAAAUAUUUUUUUCAAUAUUGUAAUUACUAGCAAAGUGUGUCGAUGUGUUGUAACGGACCGAAAAACCAAAAUGCAAUAAUGGUUAAGCUGACAAA